UUUCUUUCAGGACUCCUCCCGCUUUCCGUAGUGAGACCGAAGGGGGCGGGACCGGCAUGGCGGCCAAGAUUCUGAAGUAUGCAGCGCUUCCUGCUGCUGCCGUUGCAGGGGGUCUGGGCUCAUUCAGAAUUUAUUCCAUAAAUGAGAAAAUAAAUGAGGAGCUAAUAUCUCCAAGAGAGUUGUCUAUCUACUCCCCAGAUGGUCCUGCUGUGCAGUUUGUGGAGGAACAGCCUGGUAUAGUGCAGACAGGGCUGGGGGCCGUGAGGGUGGGCCUGCAGCCAUACGUCAGAGCCGUGCAGAGCACCAUCAAUUCAGUCAAAGUUGGAGUGAUAUCGGUUUACCAUGCAGGGCAAGACACAUAUCACUUCCUUCGAGAUCCACCCCCUGGCUUCCUGCCUAGAGUGGGUGUCAUCAGUGUGUCCGGAUUGGGUGGCCUGAUUCUGGCACGCAAGGGCUCUCGUUUAAAGAGGAUUGUUGUUCCUCUUGGUCUGGCUACCACUGGUACUGCAGUAUGUUACCCCACACAGACCGUGGGAGUCCUGAAGAUUACUGGUAAAAAGGUGUAUGCUGUCAGUUCAUCUGUUGCUUCAAUAUUUAAAUCGAAACCAAAGGAAGAUGUCAUCACGCCUGCUGUUAAUGUGGAGUCUGCUGCCACGGAUACAAGCUCAGAUAUAGAGUCACCCGCUAAAGCACUUUCUGAAUUGCCACCCGAGUCUGAGCGGGCCACUGCGGUUCCAGAUGAGGGUGUUACACCAAUACCACAAGUCAUCCCAUCAGUGGAUUUAGCCCCAGUAGCUGAUGUUGUGUCAGAAGAUGCUGUAGAACCUCCUCCUGUUGUUGAUGAAGCAUCUGGAAUUGCUGCCCCACCAUCUAAACCUGAAUCUCCCCUUGCAACUGUUCUUGAAACUGCUCUAGUUACAGAAACUACCCCUGAGCCUGUCCUAGAUGCAGAAUCCACCACUGAACCCACCCCUGCUCCUGAGCCAACACCUUCCGCUGAAACGGUUAUUACUUCUGUUGUGGAGUCUGAAAAUGUUCUGGAAGCUGCUCCAGAAAUUGUAGUCCCUGCAACUACGGAGGCCACGCCCUCAACUCCACCUACAUUAGAGGAAACCACACCCCCUGAAGAUGCCACCUCAACCACAGUAGAUGAGGAACCUGCUUCUGUUGUCCCGCCCCCUGCUGAAGAACCCAUUCCUAUGACACCUCCCCCAGCUGAAGAGGCCCCACCUUCAUCUGAGCCUACUGUAGUUGAGCCAGCCACAGUGAAGUCAAGUUUUGUUCCUGACCCGUCUCUGCUUGACCACGGCCAGUCUAAUCCAGAGGACGCAGACAUGUACAGCACACGGAGCUGAAUGAGUAACUGCAGCAGAGAGAAAGAUGGAGGAUAUAAUGAGAUGUUUUAAUGUGCCAUGAUUCCAGCAGUGUUUGAUCGGUUUGUGAUUAGGACAUUCAAUGUUUUACCAAUGAUGUGGAAGAAGGUAAUGUUACACUUUUCCUUUUGUGCUGCCUCACACAUAUGAGAAGUUUCUUACCUCAGCAGGGAUAUCAAACACACACAAGGUCACAUUUCCUUGUUAACACACAUUAUCUACAUUUUGUUGACGCUAUGGAGAAAAACCCAGGGUAACAGUAUUUUAAUAAAAAGCCUGUGGUCCCUUAGUUUAAUCUCCAGAUUUAUUGCUGACCUCAAUUCCUGUAGCAACAGGAAUUUUGUGCUUAUUUUAUACUGUGAAAAAAUUACAUCAAACUGGACCACACAAAAAAAAAUUUUUUAUAUGAUCAAAAACAUUUGAUGUAUACACGUAUUUUCUAAAAUACAUUUUACAGGGGUUAGGAGUAAAUAUAUCAAGCCUUAUCUACAUAGUUAGACUGUCUAUUUGUUUGAAAUUGGAAAAAAAAGAGACUAAAAUAAUCUGUCAGAACUUCAGAUAACAGCAGUUAAAUCUGUCAUAUUUCAAAAUAUUAGUUCACGCUGCAUCUUUAGUUUC